GACAAAGCUCAGGCCCCAAGUGAUCACUUUCUGAGGGAGCCCGCCAUCCCCUAAGGCAGUUUUUUGGAGAGCCGGAGCUGAGGCGCGGGCUGAAGGGCUCCCUGCAGCCACCCACCAGGGCCCUCCCGGGGCUGAGUCCGGGCUGGAACAGAAGGAGGGCGGAGGAAAGUUGGGGUCGGGGCCGCAGCGCCGGGAGCGCGGAAGCCUGGGCCACUGUCCGCGUCUCAUGAAUAUGCAGGAGCCGCCUCCCACCCUCCGUGACGUCACGGGCCGUCCCGGGUUGAGCGCCGGAGCCGCUCCGGGUCCGAGCCAGUGAGCGCGGCUGCUGUCGGCGAGCGAGCGGCGCGGCGGCUGUACGGGAGGCCGAGCGCGGCGGCGCCGAAGCGCACGCAGCGGACAAGGCUGGGCUGUCCGCCGCCGGGCGGGUACCUGGAGGCGCAGCCGGCGCGGGUUGUGGGCGGCGGAGACAGCUCGUCGGCGGCGGCGGCGAGGAUGCUGACCGGGAGGCUGUGCUGGGUGCCGCUCCUGCUGGCGCUGGGCGUGGGGAGCGGCAGCGGCGGCGGCGGAGGGGGCAGCCGGCGGCGCCGCCUCCUCGCGGCUAAAGUUAACAAGCAUAAGCCAUGGAUCGAGACUUCGUACCAUGGAGUCAUUACUGAGAACAAUGACACCGUCAUUUUGGACCCACCACUAGUAGCCCUGGACAAAGAUGCACCAGUUCCUUUUGCAGGAGAGAUCUGUGCAUUCAAGAUCCAUGGCCAGGAGCUGCCCUUCGAGGCUGUGGUGCUCAACAAGACCUCGGGAGAGGGCCGGCUCCGUGCCAAGAGCCCCAUCGACUGUGAGCUGCAGAAGGAGUACACGUUCAUCAUCCAGGCCUACGACUGUGGCGCGGGGCCCCGGGAGACCGCCUGGAAGAAGUCGCACAAGGCUGUGGUCCACAUCCAGGUGAAAGAUGUCAAUGAGUUUGCUCCCACCUUCAAAGAGCCGGCCUACAAGGCUGUGGUGACAGAGGGCAAGAUCUACGACAGCAUCCUACAGGUGGAGGCUGUCGACGAGGACUGCUCCCCGCAGUACAGCCAGAUUUGCAACUAUGAAAUUGUCACGACUGAUGUGCCUUUUGCCAUCGACAGAAAUGGCAACAUCAGGAACACCGAGAAGCUGAGCUAUGACAAGCAACACCAGUACGAGAUUCUGGUGACCGCCUCCGACUGCGGACAGAAGCCUGCUGCGCAGGACACCCUGGUGCAGGUGGACGUGAAGCCAGUUUGCAAGCCUGGCUGGCAAGACUGGGCCAAGAGGAUUGAGUACCAGCCUGGCUCGGGGAGCGCGCCCUUGUUCCCCAGCAUCCACCUGGAGACAUGUGACGGGGCCGUGUCCUCCAUCCAGAUCACCACAGAGCUGCAGACCAAUUACAUCGGGAAGGGGUGUGACCGGGAGACCUACUCCGAGAAGUCCCUUCAGAAAUUAUGUGGAGCCUCCUCUGGCAUCAUCGACCUCCUGCCAUCCCCCAGUGCUGCCACAAACUGGACCGCAGGACUGCUGAUAGACAGCAGUGAGAUGAUCUUCAAGUUUGACGGCAGGCAGGGUGCCAAGAUCCCUGACGGGAUUGUGCCCAAGAACCUGACGGACCAGUUCACCAUCACCAUGUGGAUGAAACACGGCCCCAGCCCUGGUGUGAGGGCGGAGAAGGAAACCAUCCUCUGCAACUCAGAUAAAACUGAAAUGAACCGGCAUCACUACGCCCUGUAUGUGCACAACUGCCGCCUGGUCUUCCUCUUGCGGAAGGACUUCGACCAGGCCGACACCUUCCGCCCUGCCGAGUUCCACUGGAAGCUGGACCAGAUUUGUGACAAAGAGUGGCAUUACUAUGUCAUCAAUGUGGAGUUUCCUGUGGUUACCUUAUACAUGGAUGGAGCAACAUAUGAACCAUACCUGGUGACCAACGACUGGCCCAUUCAUCCGUCUCACAUAGCCAUGCAACUUACGGUUGGCGCAUGUUGGCAAGGCGGAGAAGUCACCAAACCGCGGUUUGCCCAGUUCUUCCACGGCAGCCUGGCCAGUCUCACCAUCCGCCCUGGAAAGAUGGAGAGUCAGAAGGUGAUCUCCUGCCUACAGGCCUGCAAGGAAGGGCUGGAUAUUAAUUCCCUGGAAAGCCUCGGCCAAGGAAUAAAGUACCACUUCAACCCCUCACAGUCCAUCCUGGUGAUGGAAGGUGACGACAUCGGGAACAUCAACCGUGCCCUGCAGAAGGUCUCCUACAUCAACUCCAGGCAGUUCCCGACUGCGGGUGUGCGGCACCUCAAAGUCUCUUCGAAAGUUCAGUGCUUUGGAGAAGACGUGUGCAUCAGCAUUCCCGACGUGGACGCCUACGUGAUGGUCCUGCGGGCCAUGGAGCCGCAGAUCACCCUCCGCGGCACGGACCGCUUCUGGAGGCCCGCCGCCCAAUUCGAAAGUGCCAGGGGGGUGAUCUUGUUCCCCGACAUCAAGAUCGUGAGCACCUUCGCCAAAGCCGAGGCCCCAGCCCCCAAAUCAGCAGUCUUAGAAGAAAUGCUUCACAACUUAGAUUUCUGUGACAUUUUAGUGCUGGGAGGGGACUUGGACCCAAGACAGGAGUGCUUGGAGCUUAACCACAGCGAGCUCCACCAGCGACACCUCGACGCCACCAACUCCACAGCAGGCUAUUCCAUCUACGGUGUGGGCUCCAUGAGCCGCUACGAGCAGGUGCUGCGUCACAUCCGCUACCGCAACUGGCGUCCAGCUUCCUUCCAGUCCCGGCGGUUCAGGAUCAAGUGCUCGGAACUCAAUGGGCGCUACACCAGCAAUGAGUUCAACUUGGAGGUCAGCGUCCUCCAUGAGGUCAGAGUCUCAGACAAGGAGCACGUCAACCACCUCAUCGUGCAGCCUCCCUUCCUCCAGUCCGUCCAGCACCCGGAGUCUCGGACUAGCGUCCAGCGCAGUUCAGUGGUCCCGAGCAUUGCCACAGUGGUCAUCAUCAUCUCCGUGUGCAUGCUAGUGUUCGUGGUGGCCAUGGGCAUGUACCGGGUCCGGAUGGCCCACCAGCACUUCACCCAGGAGACCGAGGCUGCCAAGGAGGCCGAGAUGGAUUGGGACGACUCUGCGCUCACUAUCACAGUCAACCCCAUGGAGAAACAUGAAGCAUCAGGGCGUGGGGAAGAUGAAACUGAGGAAGAGGAGGAGGAGGAAGUAGAAGAAGACAUAAGCUCCAGCAGCAGCAGCAGCAACUCAGACGACAGCGAGGAGGAGGAGGUGGAGGAAGGCGUGGGCAGGGGCAGGCAUGGGGAGAGUGGUGCCAGGCAAGCCCAGCUGGAGUGGGACGACUCCACCUUCCCCUACUAGUGCCCGCUGGCUGCGCCCACCCACCUGUCCCUUUUGUAAGCCACGCCUGAUGUAUGUGAGUCUAUCGCUGUCGCCUGUGAUUUCGAUGACACCCUGAGCAGCCCUUCCCCAGCCUCCUGGAACCCACCCCUCCUCCCUUGGGCGCUCCACAUGCUCCGGCCCUGGGGUGGUUCCAAGAAGCCCAGCACAUCCGCAGUGGGGACUUCAAGGUGGGCUUUGCCCUGCAGUCCUCACUGCUCCUGCCCUGGGCCCCCCGGCGUCCUGUCAGCCAGUCUGCAGAGUUCUGCCCCUGCUCUUCUCUGCAGGGCAGAAGGUCAGCCUUUGCAUCAGUCACCUCCCUGGGCUCUGUGUUCCCAGGGCCCUUGGGUCCCAACCUGCGGUGUGUGCACCUGACUCAGCAGCCUCUCCACACAGACCAGCGGGUUCUCCGGUGGCUUCAUCCAGGCAGGGUGGGUGGACUUCACACACCUGAGAUCAUGGUCCUUACCUUUAAAGGAAAAGUUCUUGUUGAGGCUGAAUUAAGCUCAUAGGGAGAGGUUCACACACUCAACAUGUGCACACUCUCUCCCCAGUUUGGAGGUCCUUUCCCUUUGACCUUUCUGAGGCCAUAUAAAGCUUAUUAUGAAAGGUACAAAACCUUGGCCACAGCAGGGCCGAGUCCCCAGCCAGAGCGCUCUGAGUGUGCCUGCCUGGACAGCUGCACAGACCCAUGUGGCUUUCCUGCUGCCGACUCACACCCAGUGAAACCACAGGAUCCAGGAAGCAUCCCACACAGGCACUGCCCCAGAGACGGCUGUGAGAAGUCUGCAGCCGGGGAUCAGAAGGAAGGGCUGAUGAGGUGACACCACCGGGCUUCAUGGUGGACGCAGGUCUGGGAGACAGGGUGGCUGGGCUCUCGCGGGCCAGAGGGCAGCCCGGGUGGGCAAGGCUCAAGCCACCUAGUCUUACGAUUCUCGUCCCCUAUUUCACCCUGGUUUACCUCUUAAAAUGCAUUCCUCUUGGAUGUAUGAGAACAAGUGUGAACUGCAUUAAGUCUAAAAUGAAAGCUUGAAAACUUAACUGCUAAGAAUUAGAAACAUUUGUUAUAACAGCUGCUUCUUUCUUCUCGUAAAAGGAGCAGUGCUUUGGGUGGAGGGCAAAUAUAUCUGAAAACCUAAUUUAUUUAUUUAUUUAUUUCUUAUUUUUUUAAUAAGGAAAUCUUUUCCAUUUCCUUCCUAACAUGGACACCUCAUGGGGAGAAUGGUUGCUAUAGUAACUGGUCUGUGAUCUUUUGUGGCCAAGAAAAUAGCAGGCAAGAAUUGGGGCCACUACGGGACCUCCCCAAGACUCGAGUGUCUCAGGCUUUGUCCUCAGCACAUGUGAUCCGGCCCUGUCCCCCCAGUCUCCUCCAGCUCAUCUCAUAGUGACUUGGCAGUGGCACUGACCUGGUCCCUAGUUACAGUGGCGUUCAGAUUCAAAAGUAAGUUCGGAGUCUAUUCACGCUAUUUCCUGUGUCGUCAAAACAGAGCUUCUGCAGGGGACCACUGUCAACGUCCUCUAGUCUGACCUUCACCCAGUGAGGACCCAGGAUAAGCCUUGGCAUCCUUCUGAUUCCAGAAAACUACCUUAUGCAGCUUUUUCAUCACCUAAAGUGUUUUUCUGCAUCUGUUCCUUCCUGUGCGCCUCACAGUAACUCUAGGAGGUAGCUGGGACAUCUGCUGUCAGGCACACUUACUUUCCUUAGGAGUAAACUGAGGUUCAAAGAUUCCAGGAGCUUGCUCAGAGUCAUUCAGAGACACAGACAAGACUGGACCCCACACACACACUUUCCACUUCUGGGCCAGUGCCCACCACUCUGAUUCUACUUAUGUUCAUGUUACACAGCUGACAAGCAUUAUUGAGCACUCACCCAGCAGCAGAGGGGAAGGGAUGAAGCUGAAUAAAAUAAGCUCCCCGCUCCGAGGACCUGAUAGUUGCAGAAGAGACACAAAGGGGCAUGGAAAUUGUACAAGAGAUGGGCGCAGAGGGAGGGAGAGAAGUCACAGGAAGAAGAGCCACACAGUCACAGACUCAGCCAGGGCUCCUAGUUUUCCUUCUUAGGGGAAACGCUGGCAGAAGCUUAGCGUUUUAUAUUCAUUGAGUGGAAAUAGACACUUCUCUGGAUUCUCCCAACCGAACAGCCCUUUGCUACCCUGCUGUGUCUGCACAUCCACAAGGAGGAAGUCUGUAGGAUGGUGCAGUCCUCUCCUUCCCCUCAGUUUAAUAAAAAGAGACCGUUCACUGGGGCAUUGAGGAGCGAACAGAAUUCUCCCAAAAUUAUGGCAGUAAAAACAAACACUGUAUAUGUUGAACACCAGUUCUUUUUCAAUUUGAUUUAAAAUAUCUAAGUCCUGCUCUCAUGAGCACACUCCUCUCUGCUCAGCCUUUGGGUUUGGCUGGUGUGAGGAAGGUUCCACACCCUCUGUGCAUCUGUGACGGCCACUCACUGCUCAGGACUGAGGCAGCUGUCGGGCAUGUGAGAUCUUCCUGUGUUUUGAGGGGCCGGGAAUAAGUGAAAGCAGCGCUUGGCUAGGGCAGCAGAGUCGUGGGCUGGACUUACACGUGGAGAAACAAGGGGUUGUCUGAGCCCUUCUGUAGAAGUCCUGCAGUAAAGGGUCAUGCUCUGCUCUCUGGAGCUUGAAGAUAGAUAGGCUGGUACCUCUCCAGUGGCUCAGGAAGGAGGAGGAGGAGGAGGAGGAAGAAGCUGAGACAGAAAAGACCAGCAUUGAAUGAGUUGCCCUAGUGGCAUAAGGCAAUCCACAAGGCAGCCACUGUUCUUAAAGAAUGCUGAAAGUAAGUUCUAGUAGGUUUAAUCAAAUGCUAUAAAUCUGACCAAAUCCCAAGUUCAUCUAGAUAACAAAGUGUCAUUUCAGUGAGACCGCUGUUCACUUUCACUUUCCUGAGUGCACUCAGUCCUCUCCAGGAGGGCAUAGACCACAGAUCUGUGCCUGUGGCAAGGGCUGUACCUUGUAGACACAGACCCUCCAGGGAGAGGGCUCCUGGUGGGCAGCUGGACUCUCUGUCCCUGUACGUGUCGCAGGGCUCGGCAAACUUGGUCUGUAAAGAGCCAGAUAGCAAAUAGAUUGGGCUCCGCAGGCCAUAUGGUCAACAAUCCUUCCACUCUGGCCCUGUAGCAUGAAACCAGACAUAGGCAAUUACUAAAUAGGUGAAUACGGCUACAUUCCAAAAUGACUUAUGGACACUAAAAAAAAUCAGGCAAGCUGAAUUCAUAUCAUUUUCCCGUGUCACAAAAUGUUAUUACUGUCUUGAUUUUUAUUUUCAACCAUUUAAAAAUGGAACCCCCCACCCCUGAGCCCACAAGCGCUAGAAACAUCAGCCAGCCCGAUUCGGCCCUCGGGUCACGGUUUGCAUGCUCCUCCCCGACAUGUGUGGAAAGCAGCCCUCCAUUAGCAGAUCACUGUCUUAGACCCUCCCUUAAAUCACCCAGUGGCUUUGCCUCCAAAAUGACCAACAAACAACACCACAGUCUUCAAUGAAGCUGUUUUAUGAGUCUGUGUUUGGAAGGAAAUGAAAGUGAGAGAGAUACUUGUUACUCGUUGACUGGACCCCAAGGUGGGCAGAUGCCCCUCCAGAGCUGAAGGCCCUGUGUCCAGGCUCUGACUGAUUGCCAAGCACUAACCCCGCUGAGCUGGACUCCCAGGCACAAGGCCUUCUCUGCAAGACUCGGCCCGUCAUGAUUUCUAAGACGGAGCAUUCAUUAUUUCAGACUGAUUUCUAUUUCAGCCCAGCUCACUCUAAAAAUGACUCUAAAGACUUGUGACUGUUUGAAUCGAUAGUGGCAUAAUCAGUAGAAAGCCCGACCCAGCACACUUCAGCAUUAGCACUCUUCUUGGCUCUAUAAUUCAACAUUAGCAAGAGGAAGAAAGGGGGGGCUUUCUCUUAACCACCCCUCAUUUAAAUGAACCAAAUCAGUUAUUUAAGAAAGUGAGGGGGUGGGUCUAAUUCUUCAAAAGAAUUUACCAGUGCAAAGUAGAUGCUUUUCAGCUACGAUCAUUCACAGGCCUUUGGGAGACCCUCAGACCCUCCUGCCGUGUUCUUUGUUGGGCUGCUGACGCACACGGUUCGCUCUCUGCAUCGGACUCCUCAAGGCUGAUGCACAGAAGCCCUUGGCACAACUUAAUUCGCAUGUGGCCUCUUUCCCUUGUCCAGCCGUAUGCAGUGAGCAAAGAGCUAUAUGGAAAUGAGCAAUGAAAGUUUCAAAGUCUGCCCCAGCACCUUCAUUUCCCUGUCUUUAUUUACUUUACUUCAUAAAUUGAUUAUUAACCUACUUUGUAGACCUUGCUCCAGUGCUCCUUUUGGCCCCUUUCCUCAGCUAGAAAGGAACGUUGGCUUUACAGGGGCUGCAGACUUGAAGGCAGACCUGGCUCUCCCAGGGGGACGAGAAGAACAGCAGAAGUCGCCCCCACCAGCAGCCCAGAAAGCUCUCCGACAUUUCCCAUUUCGGAGAGUGUGAAGAGAAUCAGCACCUCCUGAAUCAGAAUCUCUGGGAGUGGGACCCAGCCACCCGUGUUCUCCUGAGCUCUUCGGUGCUGGUGCCCCCUGAGGUGUGAGAACUACAGAUUCGGAGGAGGAGGAGAGUGACUUAGGCUGGCUCUGGGAGGAGAUGACAGCAAAAGAAAGUGGCCAACCACUGGUGAGGAAAGGGGGCCACCAGGCUCUAAUGCACAGUCCCCAAAGCAGGGUUCCAGAGCAUCCUGGUCCUAGUCCCAGUUCCACUCCUCCCCUCAGGCAGCAGCCGCUUCCUGCUGGCCUGGCCCUUUACAUCCUGCAGAGGCUGUAACGAGGCCACCCAUCCCCUAGGGAGGCCCCCAUUUGGGUCCCUCUUCAAGGGCUGUACUUCAGGGGAAAACAAGCUGCAGCAGUGACCCCGCAUCAGCAGGAGCCUCCCCAGUCCCCACGUGGCCUCUGUGCCGGUGGAGCCACCCGGGCCUGGAAUACAGCAGCAUGGUCGUUUAAGGACACUGCAGGUGCCUGCAGCACCGCUCCCUGUGUGACAGGACUGGGCGCACAGCGGCAUAGCCCCGGCACUGAAUCAGAGAGGAGACGAAUGGCUUUUCUCGCAAGGGCAGUAACUCUUUCUGGAUGUCACUGAAAGUGGAAAACAAAAACCAAACGCAAACCUGCAGCCUUCCCUACACACCAUCUGUCUUGGCCCUUGAAUUUCUAAAACCGGGCGCCAUCAAUGCUCCUUGUCCCCAUCGACCAGAUGCCUGAGGUCCGUCAAUUAUUGAUUUAGUCUUUUUAUUUAUAGCUUAAACUACGGAGAUCCACAAAGCUCUGGGAGGACUAGCUGGUACUCUAUGAGUCAUUCCCAACUAACUGUGGAAUAGAGUCUGCUGUCCAUAAGGAUUUCUGAGACUGGGAGGCAGAGGACUGAGGCACUGGGCCAUGGAGUGGGAAAACUAAAAAAAAAAAAAAAGAAAAGAAAAGAAAAAACAGGCUGGGAAAGAGCCUAGACACGUGGCCUUGGAGAGCUAGCCACUAUUGUGUUUACUCCUAAGAAUCCCCAUUCCCUCCAGAUCAGAGACACGUUCCUGGUCCUCUCCAGUCUCUUUGCUGAGUCCCCUCAAGUGCUCCAAGGACACCUCCAUUUUUCCAGCCCAGCCUGGAAAACAUCUGACUAAAUGGCCCACUGAUCUCCUCAGACCACAGAGAUGCUGUGGGGAGGAACUCAUCUCUAACAGGUAAGACGAUGCUGAGGAGAACACACAGGGCUGCCAGUUACUUGCUGGUGAGAGAGCUUGGGACCACCAGGCCCAGAAGGAAGGGUAAAGUACUUCUUCGUGCCACUUACAUCGGAGAGUUUUCUCUUCACAGCCUGGCCACUGUGUGUGAAUUCUCUGAAGAAACAUAUUUUUCCCCGAACUUUAAGGCAAUUUUAUGUGUUUCCCUGAGGUUAGUCAUUUAUUGCAAGAAGCCUGUUGUGGGAGAAAAGGACAAGGAAAGGGAUGUCAGGCAGUUGAUGGAGAGCCCUCUGGUUGUUCUGCAAGCAGGACAGGCUCUGUCUCACUGGCAGGUAAGACAGGGAGAUGCAUGGACUGAGGGUGAGGGGCUCAGAUCCAGCCAGGACACCAGGCAGAGUGAGUACUGAGAGCACGCUCACGGGGAAGACUGGGCCCGGGUGAGAGGUAUGUGACGCCUCCCUGACAGACUGCACCAGCUAGUUCCUCCCAUUCUGAGGAGCAGAGAGGAGCUGGGACCUCUGGACCACCGAAGUAACAUCUUCAGAGUCAGGGACCUUCCCCAUGAAAAUUUUCAGUUGAGUGAAAUAGAACCACAGCCAUCUGCCCUUCCCAGGCCCCAGGAGGGGUAUCUGAUGAGGGCCCUGGAACUUGUGGUUGUGUGAGGUGAGAAUGGCCCCUCCCUCUUGCCCCCUUGGCUGCAUAGGUCCCUUCCUCCAGGCAAGAAGACUAACUUUUCUAUCACAGUGCCUGAGGUGUCUAGCAUGGCACCUAGCCCAUAGCGUGUGCUCUGUAAACACUGAAGUACAUGACAUGUCAGAGAUCACUUGACUUCGAUGAAUGGACAAGGUUUGAAAAACUGAGAUGCUUCGGAUGAAGGAGGAGUGAAAAUGCAGUGGAUUGAGGACACCAUUCCUACUUAACAAAGGGGAAAAGGACAGGAGUUGGGGUGUUGGGGGAGUAGCCCCCUGCCAGCUAUGGCCAAAGGAGCCCCUAAGCAAGGACAAGCCUGGGUGGCCCUUGAUGGUCCCCUCGCUCUGCUCUACAGGCCAUGGGCAGCGUCCUGGCUGAAAGAGAGCCUCCGUCUGUUGAUGACCCUAGGCCUGUGCUGCUCUCCAGUCCCUUUUAUCAGAUUCACUGCAGAGGAGAUUCAUCAAGGUGAAACUCAAUUCCCAAUAGACUAAUGAAAAGAGGACAACAGACGUGCAAAGAGCCAAAAUGCAGACAGCGUGUAUUAAUCACAGGCAAGAGAAACGUGUCGGCUUUAAUGUCUAUUUGCUUUUAUCUUGAAAUGAAAAUGCAUCUCUGCUGCACAGACCCUCUUUUUCUGAGCAUUUCAGAACAGAAGUGGGAUGCACACGCACACACAGAGAGCACCGAGAGUUCUUUUCCCCAACAGAAAGAGCCAUCAGAGUCACAAGCUCAUAGGUUGUAUCUAUUUGCAAAAGCAGAGAACCAACCACAAGGCUCAGCUACAGACUCCAGUCCCUGUGUGGGGAGGGAGGGAAGGGCUGAGGAGGCAUCUGUGUUUGGGAGGUGGGGGGCUCCACCUGUGCCUGUGGGUCGCAGACGUGAAUAUACUCUGCACAUCCACCCCUGGACACAAAAGUGCACCAAUCCUGGUCAUGUGGACCCCUUCCCACCCCUCCCAUCACCCCAGUUUCCUAACAUGACUGCAAAGGAGCAGCUGUUGUGCAGGAUUCAGAAGAGGUCAUGCUCAGCAUCCCUAGUAAACUUCAAGUGGUAGAGAAAAGGCAGAAGUUUUUUGGAGGUCAGGAAGUUAGACUUGACAUUCAGGGCUGAUCACUCAAAAAGCAAGAAAAGAGAGUUGGGGAUGACUCCGUGUUGGAAAGGGAACAGGUGAGGUGGAAUCAGACUGACAGUAACCAAAACACCCCUCGCCCAGGAAGCCAGAGCAUGGCUCUGUCUUGAAAGCUGUAUCCAAAGUUCAGCAAACUUCUGGGUGCAUCUGGCAGUGUCACCACAGCGGCAGCCAGACCAAUUGCUUCAAAAGUCAGAGCUGUGGGAAGGUGAUUUCCGUUCUUAACUGAAGUAGUCAUGAUGUGUCACACCACUUGAUGGCUUCCAACCUGAACUUGGUGACUUCCAAACAAAGUUUUUGUUCCCUGAGCUCAACAGGCUUGGGAGGAGAUUGAAGAAAACCAGCUGGUGAGUUUAGAGAGGAAAAGUGUAUGUAGAAGUUGGUUGUUUUCAAAGAAACCUGUAAGUGUUAAGAUUUGGCUGUGCUAUGUUAUUGGCAUGGACAUCACAAUGUCAGUGAGGUAAAAUUCAGAAUGACCUGGUGGUGCCUUUGUUUGGAAUAUUAGUUAAUGUAUUAAGUAUAAAUUAUCAGAGACCAGUAGGCUAAGUACAGCUAAAUAUAUGCAUCAUAUACAUACCCCUAUCUAUAAUAGAGAAAUAAGUAAGAUAUAUAAUGAAGUUGUUAAUGGUCCCGACAAAUUUUAAAUUCCACAAAAGCACUAGUUUGGAUGUGACACUUUUUUGUAUUUUUGUUGUUUACUUUUAGUUCUCAAAGUACUGGGAACAGUGACUGGCACAUAGUAGGUAAGCUUUUGGAAAUGGAAGGUCCAGCUUGUCACCAGUUGGUAGACACUCAGCAGCAUCAUGAUACCCGAAUUGACUGAGCAACAGAGAAGCCUAGCCAUACCCCCAUCCCUGAUCAUCACGACCUGGCCUCUGUGACUCACAGAUUCAGCCAGUGUACAGCCAGCUGCAGGUACUGGGCCUGGCUCUGUCAGCAAGCAGUGACGGGUGUUGCACAUAGUGGGUUCACAACACUUAGCCCACUUCAGCAUCACACCCCACAGGCCACUUCCACAGGGAACAGGACUGAGGGCUUCCCUCCCAUCACCUCUGCCAUGCCCUAAACACCUGGUGAAAUGCUGUUGCAUUUUGCCAACUUCAGGCACAAUUCUGAAACUACAUGUCAAGUCCCGGGCUCAGCCAGUAGAAAAGGUCCAGUGGUUGCUUCUCUCAGCCCUUUCCUUCUCCCCUGUCUGGGACGCCACCACCAGUUACAAGUCUUGGAUGGCUGCUUAUCCUCAGGUGCCCACCACAGUGUGGGUGAGAAAGGUCGGAGGUACAGAGGUGAGCUUUCUCUCUUUGAAGCCUCCAUGGUGUUGGCUCUGCAGAGAGGACUGACCUCAGCCUCAUUUUCAGAAUCACCUUCAAUCACUGUUAUAGUCUGGGCAGUGACUGCCGGUCUGGGCGGGGUGUCUCCCAUGUCAGCGCUGCCAGGAGUGGGCCAGUGUGUCCCUGACUCACAUCAGACUGCUGAGCUAUUCCAGCUGCCUCAAAGAGUGAAUUGCUUUAGCCUAAGGAAUGUGUGUAUUUGCUAAACACACUGUUGUGUGUGUAUGAGUGUGAUGCAGUGCUGACUCUAGACUAUCUUGUUAGAAGCACCGUAUGCGUUUACGGAAUGUUGAAUCCAAUUUCAGGAGAGCACAUUGCCGAGUUGCUCCAUGAACGAGGCUGCCCAGUCGCAGCAGAGCAGAGAAAAUGCCCUCUCCCUGCCUCACACUCCCGGCACCUGUCCCCACCUACUGAGCGGCCCAGUCCGAUUCAGGCUGACACCGAGUGAGGGGCGCUGAGGAUCUGUGUGUAUGUGAAGAUCCAGGAAGAACUCAGACCCAUCACGGGAUUCUGCUGGGCUUCUUCCCAUGAUUGUGAUCUUAUCCAUGUUGGAAUCACAAACUUUAAAUUUCUAACAAUUAAGGUUCUUGCUGUUUCCAAGUAAUUUGUUAAAUGCUAUUCAACACAGAUAUUUAUUUUCAGCCUUGGCUUGUAAAUGCCUACAAACUGAUUCAUGCUGGUGGUCAUUACGACACUUUCUGUGAAUUGGUGAAUAAACAUGAUUUUAGAG